AUGAGUGCCGACACUUUGGACACGGUCGAUUUGACCUCGCUUAAUGCGCUUGCCGCAGGUGCCAAUAAGAAAAACCCCAGAAUUGUGGCUGCCGGUUUGGGUGGCCGUUUGAUGGGUACAAAAUCUUUGGUGGACGUCACUGCUGAGCAGAUGGCCAAGGACUCCGAAACCUUCUACGAGAAGGAUGAGAGAGAACGUCUUAAGUAUUCCAAGACUAUGCACAUUUCCGAGAAGCCUUGGACCCUUUCAAACUGGCACGAGCAUGUGAACUGGUUGAACUUCAUUCUUGUGGUUGCCAUUCCAGUCUUUGGUGCCUACUGCGGCAUCACCAACCCUCCACAGCUCAAAACUUUGAUUCUUGGUGUGGUGAUGUACGUGUUCUCCGGUGUUUCCAUCACCGCCGGUUACCACAGACUUUACGCUCACAAGUCUUAUGAUGCGCACUGGCUUCCAAGAUUGUUCUUCGCUUUCUUCGGUGCUGGUGCUGUUCAGGGUUCAAUCAAGUGGUGGGGUCACUCUCACAGAGUCCACCACAGAUUCACCGAUACCAACAGAGACCCAUACGAUGCUAGACAAGGUUUCUGGUUUUCCCACAUGGGAUGGAUGUUGACCAAGGCCAACCCAAAGAACAGAGCUAGAGCUGACAUUUCUGACUUGACUGCUGACCCAAUCGUGGUUUUCCAGCACCGUCACUACUUGGUUCUCAUGAUUUUGGCUGCUGUCGUUGUUCCAACUCUUAUUGCCGGACUCGGAUGGGGUGACUACUGGGGAGGUUUCGUCUACGCUGGUAUUUUGAAGUACUCGUUCAUCCAGCAAGCAACUUUCUGUGUCAACUCGUUGGCCCACUGGAUCGGUGUCCAGCCAUUUGACGACAGAAGAACUCCAAGAGACCACGUUUUGACUGCCUUUGUUACUUUCGGUGAGGGUUACCACAACUUCCACCACGAGUUCCCUUCGGACUACAGAAACGCUUUGAAGUGGUACCAAUACGACCCAACCAAGGUGUGCAUCUGGGCCAUGUCCAAGGUUGGAUUGGCUUGGAACUUGAAGACUUUCUCUCAGAAUGCCAUCGAGCAGGGUUUGUACCAGCAGCAACAGAAGAAAUUGAACCGUAUGAAGCAGCAGUUGAACUGGGGUACUCCAGUCAGCGAGUUGCCAGUCUGGGACAAGGAGCACUUCAACAAGAUUGCCAAGCAAGAGGGUCUUUUGAUCAUCUCUGGUAUUGUUCACAACGUCAAGAGCUUCAUCAAGGAGCACCCUGGUGGACAAGCAUUGGUGAGAGCUUCUUUGGGCAAGGAUGCCACGAAGGCUUUCAACGGUCACGUGUACGCCCACUCUAAUGCUGCCCACAACUUGUUGGCCACUAUGAGAGUCGCAGUGAUCAAGGAUAGCGAGGUGAAUGGAGACACUUUCAACUUGCAGGAGGAGAUGUUGUCGAAGAAGGAGGCUUAA